UGGUGGACUGGACGUUUCGGGACGGACAGACCGGACUGUGGGUGGAAACUCAAACUCAGAUCUACAUUCACUGCAUGAAGAUAGGCAGCCGAAACUCAAUAAGAAACACGAGAGGAGGAAACGCGGAUUAACAACAAUUAAUACUGCUUUCCUCCUGACUGUUUUAUGACUUCGUUAUUUGGCAGCGACAUGUUUUCGAUGUGUCCAAAAAGUUUGCUGUUCUUUGCUCUGGUGUGUGCGUGCGCAGCCUCGGCUGGAGCCAAAAACGUCAGUGCACUUGGGAGGACCUUCAUCUCUUAUGACAGUCCACAGAGGACAGAUGAGGACCUGCUUCAAUAUCUGGAACCUGGUCACACCGAGGAUAAGGGUCCUGUAUCUAGUCUGGGGCCAAACAUAACUAACACAAGCAGUGCUAGUGGCAGUGGAUAUAAGGAUGCUGUACCUGUUCUGAGGAGCAACAGCAACUCUAUCUCCCGUCGGUCGCCAUCCAACACCAGCCGGCAUGGAAUCUCAGAGGAGGCGCGGCUGUUUCUAACAGGACCUGUGUCCACCGUCCUCAUCCCGUCCUUCUACACACUGGUCUGUCUCAUCAGUUUACCCAUCAACAUCUGUGCAGCGGUGGUCCUCGCUCGGAGGAUCAGGCCAAAGAAGCCGGCGGCGAUCUACAUGCUGAACCUGGCCUGUGCUGACCUGCUCUUUGCCAUGGUGCUGCCCUUCAAGAUUUCGUACCACUUCAAUGGAAACGACUGGAUAUUCGGUCCAGCCAUGUGCCGUGUGGUCACCGCAGCCUUUUACUGGAACAUGUACUGCUCCGUUCUGCUCAUAGCCCUCAUCAGUGUGGACCGACUUCUCGCUGUGGUCUAUCCUAUUGACUCCCUGUCUUGGAGAAGUCCUAGAAAUGCCAUCGUAGCCUGUCUAGCCGCGUGGUUUCUCUCCUUCACUGGCUCGCUGCACCUCCUCUUCACUGAACAGACAUACCCCGUUACACAGUUGAACAUCACUACUUGCCACGAUGUCCAACCCUCACAGCUUUUCUGGGCCUACAAAACCUACUUCCUCACCCUCUGCUGCCUCCUCUUCUUCCUGCCCCUGAUCGUCACGGUGGUGUCCUACACUCGGGUGAUCAUGACCCUGAGCAAGGUGCCACCGGGAGUUCCAGGCCACUCGCGCAAAAGAAGAAGAGCCGUUGUGAUUGCUCUGACUGUGCUGGUGAUGUUCGUGCUUUGCUUCACACCCACAAACUGCUUCCUCCUCUUGCAGCAGCUGCAGUUCACUGAGGGGGAUACGUUGAGUCGGGAGGCCUCGGAUAGCCUCUACGUGGUCUAUUUGGUGUUUCUGUGUUUGGGAAGUCUGAACUGCCUCCUGGAUCCUCUGGUAUACUAUUUUGGAUCAUCUCAAUUCCAGAGAGAGCUUUUCAGUGUGCUGAGGUGUAAGAAGAUCACACAGGGCACCAGCAAAAUUCAACAUUCAUCAUCGGAUCCGAGCAGAUCCUCCAGCAGAACACUUCUGAAAUCCAGCCAUAAAGAAAGCUCCCAAAUAAACACUCCACUCGACAAAAUGGACUCUUACCAGGCAAGCCUCAGCAGCCAAUACAAGAAACUUAUGGUCUGAGAUAAAAUGAGCAAGUGGGUGCAUUUUUUGUUCCUUUUUAUUAUAGUUUUUGUCUAGAUCAGUGGUUCUCAAACUUUUUAGACUGCGUACCACCUCCGAAAAUAUUUGGCUCUCCAAGUAUCACCAUUGUGGUAGACGUUAAAAUACACUGUGGGCCUAUUUCAACACACAUUUCAUGCAAGAGGCAAAUUAAUUCAUAAAAAGAAUAUUAUUUAUUAUUGACUGCUGGCAGCCACACUGUAGGCCUACUAAGGGCUAGCGCUUGAACUGGCACACAGAAAAGUGCAGAACAAUAAAAAUGACAACUUCAUACCAACAACCUGUUUGGAAAUAUUUAGUCUGCAGUGUUUCCCACACAACAGAAUAACAUUAACAGAAUAUCUGUUCUGAGCAGAUUAAAGUUGUUUGUCGCAAAAACUAGAUUAAUUUAGAGGGGAAAACACAUUUGAUAUAAAUACAACCCAAUAGAUACAAGCUAGAUAAGAGUACGACAAAAAAAAAAUGUUGUUUUAUGCUGAACGGGUUUGUUUUUUAUAUUGUGGAGAUUUCUUUGCGUACCACCACAGGGAGCCCACGUACCAACGGUGGUACGCGUACCAUAGUUUGAGAACCACCGGUCUAGAUCAAUUGUACUGAAGGUACAACAAGUUUGGAUCUGCUUCAGUAGAUGGCUGCAAAUAUAACAGUUAAAACUAGAAUGUAACAGUGCCUUGCGAUACACAUGAAGGACAAUUCAAAUCGAUGAGACAGAAAAUGUAUUGCGAUACAAAUUUUUAACCAGCAGGUGGCCCUUUCUGUAUUUUGCGGCGGGCACACAAGAUAAAAAACAGUGUGCUAUAAUCGCAAGAAACUGAUUAUCGAAAUGUUUAUAUUUUUUUAUCGUGUUGCAGCACGUAAAACAGCGCCAUGUUGAGAAACCCAAGACAACAAAAAAAACAUAUUUAAAAUGUGUUUUUUGCUCAUGAGCCAGAGAGAUUCCUACUUUCAUGGAUGGUGUAAGGGUUUGGGCUGAUGAUGAUGAAUACAUCAGAAUCAGUUUAAAUUAUGACCGAACUUUUCAAAAACAGGAAUGGAAGUGUAUAACGUGUCAAAAUAAUUGUGAAGAAAUUCAGUGUCUUUGAAAAGCAUCUGUGCUUCAAUGCCAGAAAUCAGGCUUCACUUUUCAUAUCUAUGCUUUGAAUGUAUUAACUUGAUGCAUACUUUUUUUUUAAAUCCUUUUGUUUAUAAAAAUUUUAAAAAAGAAGUCAUGAUUUGACUUCAAUUUCAUUUCAGAAAUGUCUCUGUUCUGAAGGGGGGGAUACAGUUUUGUCACUAUAGGCUGCUGGCUGUUAGUAGCAACAACAAAAACAAGCACUUUUAGUGGACGUACUGUGUUCAUCAGUCACAUUGGACCAAAAAAAUGCCUUUCAGCUAGCAUGUUCUGUGGCUCGGCUAAAGCUAUGGAGCAACUCCAAAACGUGCACCUUCUUAUUUAGUCUCCAAAAUGUGCAGACUGACUGACAAGACUGACUUGACAGACUCUUGCAUGUCAUUUCAGGGUCAUGGAACUGCCGAAAUAUUCAAUUUUGAAAGUAAUAUAAAAGUUAUUCUUGUGGUUGUAUGAAAAGGAAGAUAUCAAACCAACAGAAGUUAAAGGUUUGGUUUCAUAUCAACAAAUGUGACGGCGUAAGAGCUUUUUUUUAGUGCUGACUGAACCACAGGAAGGAAGUUGAUAAGAUUGGUUUCCUGGAAAACUCAGAAAACUCUGAUGAACAUCUGAUACUAUGAACCGCUUUCAUGUUUCUCUGUUACCAUGUUAUAAGCUGUAAAUGAAUCUAUAAGUAUUACAUUAAAUGGAAGGAAAGGGCUUGUAGUUAUUUUUUUUAUAUUCUCUGUAAAUAUGUCGGUUAAAGCUUAUUUUGUAAUUAUUAAUGAUGUACUAGUUUGCACAUGAUUAAUGACCAUGUUUAUACCACUCAUUCUUUGGAAUAAUAGUUUUAACUUUUUUAGGAAUGUCACAGUGUUACAAACAUAAACUAACAAGUCAUGCACUGAUCCAACAUUCCCUCAUGGUGUAGUCAGCAAUGUCACACUGCUCUCUGCUGGAGGGAAAUUGUAAUUACUUCAGGUGUGUCAGAAUUCAUUUGACUGUUCUCCAGGUUAUGUUGUCCUCCAGCAGGUGGCGCUAUUAAUUUGUUUAUAAAAAUGUAACCUGAAGGAAGGCGUCUCAUUUCAUUGUGUUUAAGUCUUACAGCAGAGUUAUGAUAAUGUACAGGAACAACUAACAAAAUAAAUCAUCUUUAAGUCUUUCAAUGCCAUUGGAAACAA